GGCGAUGACCCGCGGGGACCGCCACGCGGCCCUGGGCUCCUCAGAGUUGGGCUUCGGCCAGAUGGACGUGAUGACCAGCUCCUACUCGCUCAAGGCCCUAGCCAAGUUGCUCAUGGACGUCUCGAGGUCUGCGCCGCAAAGCGCUGCGAAGCAGGAGCUCAUUGCGCAGGGCAUCGACGGCCUCGACGGCGUCGGCUUUGGCGGCGAGAGGACCCUGAAGCCGAACAACCUGAAACAGUUCCUGAACAGGUUGCUGGGCUGCACCUGUGCCGUGCAGAGGAGCCUCUUUGACGCGCUCGCCUUCAGGAUCAAGGAGCUGGAGGACGCGGAUCGGAAGGACGGCACCUUCGACCAGGGCGUGGUGUCCCUCAACCGCGGCGGCAGGUGGGGGCGGCUGCGGUCCAUCGACGAAGUCGACGCGAGGCCGCUCGCCGACGGGGCAGGCGGCCUGACGCUCCGCCGGCUCCGCCUGGACCGCGGCCUGCCUUUCGAGGCGGCCGCCGCGCUGCUGCGCGGGGCGGCGCCCGACGCCCUGCAGCUGCAGGGGUUCUA